UCAAGGGAGGAAAAAAAAAUCGGAGUCUGCGCAGUGUGGUUUUUCUCGACACUCCGAACUUUCGGGAGAACCACGGAGGAAGGAGGGGAGAGGGACAGGACAACGCCAUUUUUCCUGAGACCCUCGACGGGUGUCUUCGGCCCAGACUGGCAGGUGGAUCAGGACCAGAGAGUCCUGGAGGACGGUGACAUUCAGUCUCAGGUGGACUGAGUUGUAGUGGGCCGUCAGAAGAGGAGGAGGAGGGGAAUGGAACGAGCUGAAGGCGCAGCUAUGUCGUGGCGUCCGGACGAAGAAGAGUUUAAGGUGGAAGGAGUGACGGGAGGGUUGAGAGUCAAACCGAGGUUCACCUUCAGCGAGCUCAAACUGCUGCUGGAGGCCGUGAAGAGGAACAGAUACAUCCUCCUCAGGAAGUUUAACCAGGGUGUGUCAGCUGAUGCCAAGAAACGGACCUGGACUGAAAUCACCAACCAGGUGAACGGACUGGGACAGACGCACAGAGAGGUGCGCCAAAUCAUGAAGAAAUGGGCGGACCUCAAAUGUGACGCGAAGCGACGCAUGGGCGCCCUCCAGGGCCUCAAUGGCGGCAACCUGAGGAACAAGAACCUGGGCCCUGUGGAGAAGAUGGUCCACAAGAUACUGAUGAUGAGUCCCAGAGGAGACUGUGACAGCGACCUGGACCUCGCCGAAGAUGAAGAUUUUUCGAAGCUUUACAGUAAAGGCCCCUCCCCCACCCCGCCUCCCUACUCCUACCUCAGCCUGACGGACAGCUCCCACUCGAUGCCUGGAGGAGCCUCCUAUGAGUUCUCUCCUCUCUCCUCACCAGAGAAAGAGCUCGGGGGCGACCCUUUCCACUCGUCUCCUGAGUGCGACCUGACUGAGGAUGGAGAACGAACGAUGGACUUUGAAGACAACGACAACUCCAUGUUCUCCACCUACCUUUCCUCUCUCCCCCCAACCUCCUCCCCCUCCCUGGACCCCCUGCCUGACAACGCCCUGCUGCGGAUGAAGCCGGUCCACACCUACUCCAGAAACAACAGCCAGAACAACACCUCCUCCCGCCCUCCGCCUGGACCCUCCUCCUCUGUGGCCUCCACCUCCUCUGCUUUCCCCUUAGUGUCUGAUUCAGACGCUGCCUUGUCCUCAGCUGCACCUCCCUCGGAGCAGUCCCACACAACCGCCCCCCCUCCACCUCCUUCUACAUCUGCUGCAGCCAAUACCUCACACCCUGCACCUUCCUAUUCCUCCCUCCCACCUCCUGCUGCUGUAUCUUCCUCCUCUGCUGCUUCUACUGCGACCUCCUCCUCAAACUCCCACAAAGCCCCUCCCCUCUCCUCAGCGCUCCCACCCAGGCGUGCCUCCUCCUCAGGCUCAAACCCGCCUGACCCUCUCCCGGGUGGAGCUUCGUCCCACAGGGACCAGGUGGCCCAGAUGGCGUCUCAGAGCCUCCAGCAGCAGCGUGCCAGCAGGAUGCUCCUGACCUCGGUGUCUCAGUCUCUGGAGAUGUUGGCGCAGUCGGUGCAGCUGCUGGUGGAGACGCAGCAGGAGUUUGUGCAGGAGUCUCUGCUGCUGCAGAGGGAGACGGUGGACGUCCUGAGGGAUUUCUCCAACACGGCGCUGACUAUGCUGAGAGACAAAGCCAACAGUGGACAGCUGUCCUCACACCAUCGCCCUGCUGCACACUUCUGAAACACGGAGAUGAACAAACUUCUGAAACAGACAUGGCGGGCGACCACGAGCCAGAUGCAGCUGUGGUGUCUGUGUGGAGACGUUGGGAUGGAAACAGCCAUCCUGUGAGAGAGACAGUUCAUGUUUGACUUCAACAGCCUCUAUGGCUGCUGGACAGAAACGUCUGUCCGCGCACACACACACACACACACACACACACACACACACACACAUGCAGUUUUAGGCUACAGGCUGUUUAUUUAUGUGCCUGGGACUUUUUUUUUUCUUCUAUAUUUUUGUUUGUUGCAGGCUCGUGUGUGUUUUCACACUGUAUUUAGAUUUCAAAGGUUUCGAGCUGCUGAAACGUCGUCGCUCCGUAACACAGGUCGACUGACUGGAUUUCCACGUCCUGAGCACACUGGGUGGUUUAACUGGCUCGCUGAAUGAGAGGAAACUAACAAAUUAACUACAGAACCAACCUCACGUUUGAGCUCCGGGAGCGUCCCUCUUGUCACCGUCUUCACGUUGGACAGUUGGACUCUGGACUGGAGGAACACGUGAUUUGGUGGGAGGAGCUGUUGAGACAGAGCAGAGAGGACAUGUAGUCCUCGUCACACCAAUGUCCUCCUCACUCAGGAUGUGGCCAUGCUACAACUUUGACAAAUAAUAAUUUUGAAAAUUAGGGAUGCACCGAUUUAUCUGCUGAGCGUCAGUAUCGGUGGAUAUUCUCCUCGUCGACUGUCGCCGGCCUCUGGCAAACCACAUGACAUUUACCGAUGGCAGCGGCCGAUGUUUUUCUGUUGUGUCACAUCAAUUGUGUGCAGCGUUCUGCAGACGACAGAAAACGUAUAAACGGAAAUCUUCCCGGGACACUUUGAGACGAAAGGAUGCAGUAAACUCACUAUUGAUGCGUCAGGAAACGCACCCUACUGUGUGCCUGAUAACGCUACGUCGUGAACAACCUGUUAAAAUCAGCAGGAGCAGAGCUAGUUAGCGUUAGCUCGAGCAGCUGGGGCUGCAACUAACAGCUGCAUUUAGUUACAUCACGAUGUGUUCGAGUUCUGUUCGAUAAAAACAAGCAUUGGGAGAAGGUCAUUUUAACGUUAUUAUGAUGUUUUCAAAAUGUAAUCAAGAAACUUGAAUAAAUUUGAGCUGUUUGAAGAAGAAAUGUGUCGAUGUUUUUACAGCAAAAUGAAAGAUAUUAGAGAGGGAAUUCUGAUUCCUAUUAAACGUUUCUCAUUUAUUAAAGGUCGUUUCAUAAAUGAGUGUAAUGACGGACUGACUUUAAACAGUUUUUUUACCACAGAUUUCUUUGUUUGGCACAAAAAGGGAAAAAAUAAUAAAAAAACAAAACAAAUAUUGGCCCAUAAUUUUAUAAUCGGUGCAUCCCUAUAAAAAUUUAACACAACUGACAUGUUUUGUUGAAUUUACUGCUGGUGAUAAAAAACAUCUGUCAUUUCCCAACGGUUAAUUUUCAUCUUUCCUUUUUUAAAUGAAGGACUAACAGUUCUCUCCUGCCUCUGUUUUUGACGUGUCCAUCCCUUUCUUGUGAACGCAAUAUCUCUAUCUCAGAAUUUCCUCAAAUUUGGCACAAACGUCCACUUGGACUCAGCGAUGAACUGAUUUAGAUGUUGAUGGUCAAAGGUCAAUGACACUAAGACCUUGCAUCCAUCUCAUUCUAAUAUCUCAAGAAGGCCGUUGGGGAAUUUCCUCAAGUUUGGCACAAACGUUCAAUUGGACUGAAGGAUUAACUGAUUAUAACUUGGUGGUCAAAGGUCACUGUGACCUCACAAAACAUGGUUUUGGCCCUAACUCAAGAAUCCAUACGUUAAUUAUGACAAAACUUCAUACAAAUGUUGAACAGGAUAAAACGAUGAAGUGAUGACAGUUUAUAUCCAAAGGUCAAAGGUCAGCUUCACUGUGACAUCAUCAUGUUCCACAGUCCACAUCAGAGUGUAUCUCAAGAAGGCCUUGAGGGAAGUUCUUUGAAUUUGGAAAAACACGUCCAUUUGGAAACACGAAUGGUCAGAGGUCAAGAUUUAUGUGACUGUCUUGCUCUCGUGAACGUGAUAUCUUCAGAAGGCCUUGAAGAAAUUUUGUUAUAUUUGGCACAAACAUCCACUUAGAUUAGAUUUUGGUGGUCAAGGUGGUCAGUAAGCAUGUUUUGGACCAUAACUCAAGACUUCAUUCACUAAUUCUAACUUCUAACCAAACUUGACACAAAUGUCUAACAGGUUAAAAUAAUGAAGGUCAAAAGGUCAAAGGUCAGCUUGACUGUGACAUCAUCAUGUUGUAACGUCAUAUCUCAGGAACAGAAGGGGAGACAUUUGGUCAGAUACUGAAUUGGUGACUCUAAUCUUGAAACUGUGCUGAUUGUAUAGAUCUUCUGUGUGUGAAGCAUCCAUGUUUUCACUGACAUGGAUGGAGACUGUCAGAGACACUGGACUGGUGGGCGGAGUCAUACAACCACAGGGUGGGCUGGUGGGCGGAGUCAUACAACCACAGGGUGGGCUGGUGGGCGGAGUCAAACAACCACAGGAUGACCCUGUGAUUUUAAAUAUGCUACGAUAUGCAAUAUAUGCGAUAAAAUAUAUUGCGAUUUAUUCCCUUUUUUCAACCGUAAAUUUUGUCCCCAAAGGAAAACUAUGUCAACAUCUUAUUAUCUAGUAACAAAGUUUUCUGUCUGUUCGUCUGACCUCAGCCAUUUUUUUGCAGCAAAAUGUAUCUAGUGGACUGAACAAGCAUCUGAUUACAUUACUGUAGCAGGCUCAGUAGUUAAAGUUUUUAAACGAGUUGACCCCAGAAACGGGACAUUGUUGUUGUCUUGAUGUUAACAGCUUUAGAGAUGGCAGUAAUGUGCUGCUGAAGAAUGAGAAAUCAAGUCUAUUAUAAAAAAUAUAUUUGUAAAAUUAUUAAUGGAAAUAUCAUGAUGAGACGUUGCUACAAGCCAGAUGUUUAAAUAUUUGUGCCGUUGCAUCAGUUAAACACUGAGAGCUCCAGCAGAGCUCUGGGUAUGCUGAACCUCGUCAGCCACUGCGGCCCGUAAUGAAGCACGGUGAAUUUGAUCAUGUAGAUUUAUUAGAGGAUAAGUUUGAGCUAACUCCUGAACUUCACCCUGCGACCCUGGUGAGCAUCACAUUCCUGACUUAAACCUCCAGGUCUGUUUGAAUCUUGUCGAAAACAGCAGCACAUGAAGAAACACUGGUGUUAAUGUUCACACACCUCUGUGUGAUUGGAACCACAACACUGAGACUAACAUGUUAGUAUAUGGUUGUUGCCCUGCUGCCUGAUGUGCUGUUGAAACUCCAAACCUCUUUUUCUUCAUCCCAACUGACACUUCAUCAUCCUCCCUUACAGUCGGCUUUCUGUCUGACUGACUGACCAAAAUGACUUGUAACUGUCUGCUGUGAUACCGGGCUGUGAUGUUUCCUUCCAACCAGAUCCUGACAAUAAAGAUUUUAUUAUUAAAAGAAGACAAGUCUGUU